UUAAUUUUUGUGCUUUGUUUGGAGAAAGGGUUUAAAGAAUCACAAGAAUGCUCCAUUUACAUGCUUGCUCUUGUCAAUUUCCAUCACUCAGAAAGGGACUUGAAGGGGCAUCAGAAAAAGUGGAAAAUGCUAGGAUUAUUCAUAAAAGGAGAUUGUCCUUCCCAAAAUUUGCAAGCUCAAUUGACAGGAUAAACACAAGGAAAUAUACAAGUGACAAAAUAUUCAAAAGCCAUAAUAUAUCAAAAAGUUACAUAGUUGCAGCCUCGUCAGAACACUGUGAAAUCUCCUCUAAAGAUGGUUUUUGGAAGCAAUUGAAUGCAUUAUACCAAUUUUUUCGACCGCACACUAUAUUUGGAACAAUAAUAGGGAUCAGUUCAGUUUCUAUUCUCCCAAUAAAAUCGUUAGCAGAUAUUUCUCCCACAUUUUUUGUGGGACUAUUGAAGGCCUUAAUUCCUUCUCUUUUAAUGAACGUUUAUGUGGUAGGAUUAAAUCAACUUUUUGAUGUGGAAAUUGACAAGGUGAACAAACCAAAUUUGCCACUAGCUUCUGGAGAAAUUUCAAUGGAACUAGGCAUAGCAAUAGUUAUCACCUCCCUAAUUGUGAGUUUUGGUAUGGGAAUUAAGUUUCAAUCUCCACCAUUGUUAGCUGCUCUCAUUGUUAGCUUUUUUCUUGGGAGUGCAUAUUCUAUAGAGUUACCUUUACUUAGAUGGAAAAGAAAUGCAGCCUUGGCUGCAAUAUGCAUUAUGGUUGUGAGGGCUAUCGUUGUUCAGUUUGCUUUCUUUGCACAUAUUCAGAAGUAUGUGCUGGUUAGGCCUAUGCUCUAUACAAGAUCUCUGGUAUUUGCUGUCACUUUUAUGUGUAUCUUCACUGCUGUCAUUGCCCUAUUUAAGGACAUACCUGAUGUGGAUGGUGAUAGAGACUUUGGAAUCCAAUCUUUCAGUGUGAGGCUUGGCCAAGAACGAGUAUUUUGGCUAUGUAUUAGCAUGCUUGUAGCUGCAUAUGGAGUUGCUAUGGUGAUUGGAGCUACUACUUCUUCCCUUUUCAGCAGGCUUGUCACUGUUUUAGGGCAUUUCUUACUCGCUAGCUUUCUUUUAUUUCAAGCCCGAUCGGUCGAUAUAACAAGUCAAAUAUCAGUAACUUCUUUUUAUAUGUUUAUAUGGAAGUUAUUCUAUGCGGAGUACCUUCUGAUUCCCUUCUUUCGCUAAGGAGAAAGAUUAAACAUGGUGUAUUAUUUAGGGAAAUAUGAGCUCCAAAGUUAUGGGGUUGUUUCAAUUCCAAUGGAAAUGUAGACUAGUAGCUCAAUUGGAAUGUGAAUUUCCUUAUGCUAUUUGAGGUCUAAUUUGUUGUCCUAAAUCCUAAUUGUGAAUUAUAGCGAUUUAGUAAAACUGUUGU